UCAUAAACCUAGCUUUUUGCCUUCUUCGAGUUUUUUUUUUACCGGCGACUUCUUGAACAUGGUUUUGUCGUUGCUCGCCAACUGGAGAAAAAACAAUAUAUCACUGCCUUUACUGUUCUACUUUAAAUAAAAGUUUAAAGUUUUUUCUUCUGUCGAAUUCUAAUUUAAGCUUGGAUAUCCCCUGCAACUGAGGGUUGAUACCUUUCAAAGUUGUGAUUAUUAAUUAAACAUUAUUUUUGAAUUUCUGUAUUUUAUAUUCAGUCACUCGUCAUCUCUUUUUCUAUUUUUUUUCCGUUUAUAGUUUCUUAUUUACAGAUGGUGAAGAAGAAGAAGAAGAAGAAGAAAGGCAAGAGAGGAGAGAGCUUUAAAAUCCUAUUUUCUAGGGUUUGUCUUCCCUAGAGGGAAUGUCAGAGGCUUAGUAGCAGAGGGAGAGACUUCAAUUUUACCAAGAAAUGUUGACGGUAAGAGAGGACCACACCGGUAGGUUUCUAGCAAGCUCGAGCAUGUCUAGGCCAAGGAAGAUUCGGAUUCAUGGCGGCUACAAGAUACCGGAUCUGAACCUAGACCCUUGCCUGGAUGAAGAAGUAACAAAAGAGGUGGUUGGUUCUAAACAACAGGAUGCAGAUUACGUUCCUCAGCUUGCUUACGAGCUAGAGGUCGACAUACUCUCACGCGUCCCGCGUUUUGAGUAUUGGAAACUAAACCUUCUGAGCAAACGCUUUUCGCGUUUACUAAAAAGCGGUAAGAUAUUCAAGGUGAGGAGAGACCGCGGUGUGGUUGAACCUUCUGUCUUUAUGCUGUCAAACGGCGACACGAGGUGGACCAUGUUCGAUAAGGACUUCGAGAAGUUUCAGAAAGUUCCUGAACUUCCUUCCGACAUGUGCUUCUUCCGUGGAGACAAAGAAUCGCUCUGCGCUGGAACGCAUUUGAUCGUCACUGGGAAGGAGGAGAAGAGCAUUGCCUUGUGGAGGUACGAGGUGGAGACGAGCAAGUGGUUCAAGGGUCCUGCGAUGAUCACGCCACGGAUCUUGUUCGCUUCGGCUACUUGUGGGACUGUUGUGUUCGUAGCUGGAGGGUUGAAGAUCGAUGGAGACGGGUCUUUAGAAGUCGUGAACAAAGCGGAGAAGUACGAUUCCGAGACCAAAACGUGGACGCGUCUCCAGGGGAUGCACAAGCGGCGGAAAUUUUGUUCUGGAUGUUACUUGCGUGGCAAGUUUUACGUCAUCGGUGGGAGGGAUGAGAAAGAUAAAAACCUAACUUGCGGAGAACGUUACGAUGAGGGGACGGAUACGUGGGAGUUAAUACCGGACGUUCUCAAAGACAUGUCUUUCUCUUCUGUUCAAUCUCCACCGCUCAUCGCGGUAGUGAAUGAAGAUCUUUACUCUCUGGAAACAUCUGCGAACGAGCUUCGCGUUUACGAUACAAACGCUAACGUUUGGAAGAAGCUUGGAGAUGUUCCUGUUAGGGCCAAGUCUAAUGGAGGUUGGGGUGUUGCGUUUAAGUCGCUUGGGGACAAGCUGCUUGUGAUUGGAGCAUCUUCCGGACCGUCCAGGACUGAGACGAUGUCCGUUUACACUUGUAGUCCGUGCGCUGAUCCUAAGGAGAAGCUGGUUUGGGAGGAGUCUAAACGCUGCUGUGGUGUUCGGCUCAGCCAUUUUAUUUUAAACUGUUGUGUGAUGAUUGCUUAAGUGUCUUCUCUAUAGAAAGUCAAAACUGGAGUCAUUUUUGGCCUUUUGUGUGUGUUUGAAAUAAGAUAAGUUGAGGCGUCGGCAGACGCGGAAACUUAAUCGCUGUUGGGGGUUGUCUUUCUUGUUUGGCGUUUGGCGUCUUGUGCGUUUUAGUAAACGCUUGUAUUUCUUCUCUUUGUGAUAUAAAAUUCAGCAUUUGUAUGUUAA